AUGUCCACCGCGCAGGGUGGACAAACAGCUGACCGAGAGCUCGUACUCUGCCACGGUUGUGACAACGAAUGGUGGCGUGAUGAGCACGGACUGGAAUGUCCUGGGUGUCACUGCGAUAUUGUCGAGAUCGUAAGCCGUGAAAUUUCGUUUGGUAGUGAGAGACCAACUGACGCACAUCGACCGCAGAUCAGCCCAGACGACGACCCUCGGCGCGACCGUCUAGAAGUACCUGAAUCACUCCCAUCAAGCCCGCAAGCUCCCAAUGCUGAGGAACGGUCAAGGCCUUGGGCACGGAAUGAGCCCCCUGAUCCAGACCACGAGGACAUAGAUCACGUCGAGUUCAGCCCAGCCCCUGGCAUUCACUUCCAGCGGACGUUCAUCCGGACCGGUGGAAUCAGAGGCGGCCAGAGACAGCCAAACGAUGAUGUUGUAGGCACUCUCUUCCAAGCAUUUGGAGGACUCAUGCAAGGCGCACAGAACCCCAACCGACAAUCGAAUCAACCACAGAUGCGCGGUGGAAUCAUCCUUUCACAAUCUCCACCUCUCGCAAGUCGGAAUGCCAUGCAACCCCCUCAUUCUCCCCAUCACCACCACCACUUCCAUGGCGUUUCCCCACACAACGCGAACAUGCCUGGAAACAACGCCGCAGAUCCAAUGACGGGCAUCCAUGCAAUGCUCCAAACAAUGCUUGCCUCAAUGCAACCGCACAUGAACAACAAUGGCGGGCCACCAAACAUGCGCGGUGGUCCGGGAGGUCCGGGCUUCGGCUUCCCCGAAAUCCUCUCCAGUAUCUUCAACCCUGCCAACGCCGUCCACGGCGAUGCGGUACUUACACAGGAAGCCUUCGACCGCAUAAUGAGUCAGAUGAUGGAACAGAACAACCAAUCCUCGGCCCCUGGUCCAGCCUCCGAAUCCGCCAUCUCCUCCCUUCCCAAGAAGAAGAUUGACAAAUCAAUGCUCGGCUCUGACGGCAAAGCCGAAUGCUCCGUCUGCAUGGACAAUGUCGAGCUUGAUGAGGAGGAAGGGCAUCAUGCCUGA